AUUACAAAAAACAUAUAUCAGGGGCUGAAUGAGUUAAACUUUAUCCAUUCAUGUUUGUUUCUUUAUCAAUUGAAUUUUCUGUUCAUUGUAGGUGACAAGCUGAUCCUGACAAGACCAGCUUCAGGAGUCUCCCCAGAGCCUGUUGCAGCUCCCAGAAAGAGAAAGGUCAAACCUUCUGGUUCAAACACCAAGAACAGACCUUCAACAAACUCUGGUCAAAGUUCACAAGAGGAAGCUCCCUACAGGACAGCCUCAGUGCAAGAUGCUCCUCUAAUCAAGUUUGACUCAUCAGAAUCGGAGCCGACAGAUUCUGAAAAUUUUGAUCCACUGGUAACUAAGUCUUCAGCGGAACGACCUAGAACACCCAGUGGCAGUGAGUGGCCUGGAAGCACAGUGGAUCAAUCUUUAGGAUCGGCUGCAGACAAGAGCAUGUCCAGGGAGGGUUCGGCCCAGGAUCUAUUUGAUCCUCUCUCGGAUUUGGCUGAUUUGUCAUUUUCUGACUCUGCUCAGAUGUCAAAAGCGGUGUCUUCUGGAAAAACUGGCCAGUUUGUUCGUAGUGACCCUUUGUCCAGCCGUAGGGAUAGCUCAGACCUUCUGAUGCAUGAGUGGUCUCUGUCUUCUUUGUCUAGAAGCCAUAUGUCCAUGCCUAGAGCAACACAGCCACUAAAAACGAGCUAUCCAAACAACCCUUUUAUACUUGGUCGCUUUCAAACCCCAUCUGCAUUGUCUUCUCCCUCUAAAGCAGGGAACUUGCAUAAUCUAGGCCAGACUCCCUAUCUGGGUUCAUACAUAGGUCAUAAAGUCUCAGAUUUCCACAAGACUAGUCAACUGCGGCAACCCUUUCGACCCUCCAGCUCCAUUCUCCCCCCUCCUCGGCAUCUCUCACCUGCAAGUUUAGCUCCUUAUACUCGCCCAACAUCUCCCAUGACACUUCAGAGUUCAGGAACCCUUCAUGCUGCUACCUCUACUUCCUCUCUCAACUCCCCUUCAAGUUCAGCUCAGCAUUCAACCACUGGACCAUCCAGCGGGAGCAACAAGAUGUCCUCCAUGUCAUUCUCAUCAGAGACUCAUGUGCAGAAUAAACCAGACUUCUUCAGUGACCUCUUGGACAUUGACUUUGGUAGCAGGCAAGUCACAUCCCCAGAGCCACAACAUGAAUUGAUCAGUGGAGAUCUGAAACAGUCGAGUUGGGAAACUUUUGAGUAA